ACUGUUACGAUCUUGCUGAGUUUACUGUCACUGUCAGUUUUGUAUGUCAAUGAAGAUGGCGAGCCCAGUAAUCCGCGUAAUCAACCCAGAUGCCCCUCCAUAUCGUCAGCAGGCCGUAUUGGUGGCGACAAAAGAGGCCCGUUACUAUCGGGAGAAAAGGAUGCUCUUUCCCAAACCUCCACAGGAGCUGCGGAACCAGGCUACAGCCUUGGCUCAUGCAGAGAAGCUCCUUCGAGCGGAGGGUAUCCACACUCCUUCGCGUCAGCUGUGCCUGGGAAAGCUGGUGAUACCAUUUGGCCAGUAUGAAAACGCAUCUUUUCACUGGCUUGUGGAAAACGAUGUGGGCUACUUGAAGUAUAUACUUGACAAGCACAGAUCAGAGGAGACCACUCAACAUAGGGAGGGAGAGAGAGUGAACCAGGGAGUGAAAGACUACCUCAAUGAAUAUGCAGAGAGUUUCCCACAAGUCUGCAUUCUCCUGGAGGCCAACAUCGACAGGUGUAUUUACGGUCAGAGAGGGUUUGAGGAAAGCACCUUUCAGGAGAUGUGGACUCUCUACAGCAAGUACCCCACCCAAAAGGACAGGCCAGAGCUAUUCAGUGAGGAGGAGAAGGAGAUAAUAAAGAAAGCAUACAGUUCUGUGAGGAGGUGGCUGCACACACCAGUGACCCACAUCACAAGUGUGCAGAUGAAGCGGUUCAGGAAAUAUAUUGUUGACAAGGAGCAACAACCGCAGGCAAGCACCUCCAAGUGUGAUCCUUCAUCAUGGCCAGGGGACGACAGUGAACUGUUAGCUGCAAGCCAGGCUGUUGAAGACACAAUCAAACAGUUCGAGCCCCCUGUCCGGCCCAAGCAGCCCGAGCCCCCUGUCCGGCCCAAGAAGCCCGAGCCCCCUGUCCGGCCCAAGAAGCCCGAGCCCCCUGUCCGGCCCAAGCAGCCCGAGCCCCCUGUCCGGCCCAAGAAGCCCGAGCCCCCUGUCCGGCCCAAGAAGCUUGAACCCGCUGUCCGGCCCAAGCAGCCCGAGCCCGCUGUCCGGCCCAAGAAGCCCGAGCCCGCUGUCCGGCCCAAGCAGCCCGAGCCCGCUGUCCGGCCCAAGAAGCCCGAGCCCGCUGUCCGGCCCAAGCAGCCCGAGCCCGCUGUCCGGCCCAAACAGCCCGAGCCCCCUGUCCGGCCCAAACAGCCCGAGCCCCCUGGCCAACUCACAGAGUCCCCGUCCACAGCACAGGAUCAUGAGGGUCAGCCUUUUCCCACGGAAUCACCUCUGAGUGACUCCCCUGUGGAGCUAGAGGGUUGGGUGCGUCUGUGGGAAAACCCCAAUGGCAUCCCAUCUGCAGACAUUUCCUGGCUCAAAGACCACAAUGAAAGAGGGCUGUUCACACCCGUUCAAAUCUAUAAGGACAAAAGUGGUCUGUUCAGGAGGCGACGGGUGAUGAAAUCGGACCGCAUGUGGUUUUACCCAGAAGAACCUCCCGGCUACGUCAGGGGUGCCCCGCCAACUCCACAACAGUUUUUUCGAGUCGUGUUUUUGUGUGGCGUCCUGUUGGAGUGUGGAGGUACUCCCUGA